AUGCCAGCAGACAGUGGAAUCGAUCAUGUCGGCUGUAAUGAAACUGCCGCUGCGAGCACUACUUGCACAUGUGGCAGCCUCUUUGCUGUGACGGACCGCAAGAUCAGAGACCUUUGCUACAACGAGCACUGCGAAAUUCGAAAUCAGCUGGCCGACAUCAGCUCUCGUCUCGGCGCCUUAGAAGCUCAACUUGCCAAUACCAAACCCGUCUGUCAGAGUGCCACAGCACCAAGGAUCGCAAACGGCAUGCCAAACAGGAUCCGCAGCAGCAGCGAGACCAGCCACCUCAUGGGCCCGCAGAGCAGGCGCUGGAUGACGAACCACGCGCGCGUCGCCGAAGCGGUGGAAGGCAUCGGAAGACUUGCCCAGAGGGGCGAGCGGAGCCGCGAAAACAGUGAACAAAGUCAAGCUCUCACGGGUCUGGCUCGAAAUAACCAAGGAGUGCCCGCCAUGAGUAUACGUUGA